UUUGUGUGACAGGCUUUCUCGGAAAUAUUUCGCAGUUCCAUUCUUCACUUCGAAUUUGGACAUUCAUAUGAAAUCUGCCAGAGUUUCACCAGUAGUUGUGUUCUACACAGAGACGAUGUUGCAGUCGAAAAAGCGAGUUCAUAUUUUUAACUGUGACAACACAUACGAGCUAGAGCCCGUUGAGAAAUUGCUCGAGGAAACGAAGAAGAAAUUGUCGGAGAAAUUAAGCAUCCAUGUUGAGCCUGUAGAGAAGCAUUCAUUCAGACUUGCUCAAAUGUCUGAAAUGGUCGACAAAAUCCGAACCCAAGAGAUGGAUAUGGCCUUCUUCGUGGUUCAUGCGAGUGAAUCUCGACUCUCGAUCAACGAAGACAACGCUGGAAUUGGUUACGCCAAGAUAUACAGAGCUUUACUACAAGCGACGGGUAAGAAGCGGAAGUAUUUUAAUCACAGUAAGUUUUUCGAACGCAUUUCAUUGCUCUUAGUCACGCAUUUUGGGCAAGCUGGGCUACCUUUGAGAAAGGUAGUGGCGACUUAGCGCAAACCUUUUCUAUAUUUCCCAAACAAUAGCUCAUAAGACAUGAAACCUCCUAAACAAAAGCUAAUUAGACGUGAAAGCGAAAGUAAAUAAGCAUAGAUUAAGGUCGACGGUUGUUCCCCUUAGUGGCAAAAUGCGAAGACUUGUUUUAUGCAGCUGCGUUAGUCUUAAAUACUCGGAGUGAGUUUGCUGUCUGAAGCUUCUGUUUUGUUUCUUAAGGCGAAGGCUUUUUGGCUAAAGGGGGUUGAUCUUGCCUUUUGAAAUUUCAGUCGCUUAAAGUCUAAAACCAUUCCUCUUCCUCGGUUCGGAAACACGGCAAAUUAUUUGCAUUUUUUAUCUGGAUACAACUCGUUCAAGUUGAGUAAUUAUUGAUAAAGAUAAACUUACAUGUUGCUGCCGGAUUAAACAAAAGAUUUAAACUAGCAUUAAAUUUCAGGGAAAGGCGAGCAGUAUUGGAAAUAGAGAUUGAUCUAUGCUUAAAAGUUCUGAUGCUUUAGGUAUUGUUGCCUAAGGACUUUUAUGUAUUAUGGCCUAAGGAAUAUUAAAGUUAUUGGCCUGCAAUGAUAAAUGUUAUUCCAAGGAUCAAUUCAUUGAAUAAUAAUUGAGUCUUCCAAAGCUGUCAGGGUAUCUUCAAGAAACUUAAAUAGAUUGGAGAAAGAAUUCAACUCUGACAAAGCAAGCCUCUAGUCAGCAGUUAUCAUUUCAACCGACAAUAGAUUCAAAAUGCCUCUCUUAAGCCACCUGAAACUCCCUUGCCGUUUUAUUGCUCGAUUUUAAGGGACAGUGAAAUAGCUAAGAUUAUUUUUUUUAAUUGUUUACGUAACAGAGGGCGAACCUAAUAUUAGAUUCUUUUUUUGAACAAAGAGAAAAUGUUUUUCUCUCCAUUAUAUGUUGCAUUUUUCUUACCCUCUGGUAGAUAUGUUAUGUAUUAAUAGCGUUAAUGCCACGGUUGCAAAAAAAAGGAUGAAAUUUUAAAUAGUGACGAAGAGGUCUGGAAGGCCAAUAAUCAGCAACAAAAUAUUGGAAAUUACAUUUCACAGGAUAAUAUUGUUACGCUUCUUUACAUUUGAAUUUCCUUUGUCUACAGGAGGAGAUGUCGUCAUCGUUAUCGGAGGAGAUGUCAAUUACGAGAGCGACGACGAAGAGAAUCGAGAGGUUAUUUCACGUUGGGCGAAGAGAAAAGUUUCCUCACAAUUCAGCAUAGAGUAUCUUGAUGGAAGAAAGAGCUUCAUCUUUUCCUGGAACAAACAACAUCGAGCAAUUCACGAAGAAGCUCUGCUGCAUCACUUUGAUCCAAACAAGAAAGGACAAAUGUUCCAUCAUCAGUCACCAUCUACAAACCAACCAUCAAUACCAGAACUUCCAUCUCAAGCAAAAUCUCCCGAAUUGAAAAAUCCGCAGAAACCCAAAAGUCCUCCUCGUAAUGAUGAAGCCACUUCUGAAUUGACAACGGUUGAAGAAAGGCAGACUGAUUCACACCGUGGUGGCGACUGUAGCUCUGAGCGCAGCAGAGGCAGGGAGUCGUCGGAUCCUUCUUUUAGUAAUCAGAGAGACGCACAAGGAGAUCUAGAUUAUUCACAAAGGAAUUUUCCAGAAGAUAAAAGUAUCCAUUUUGAAAAUACCCAACAGCUGGUGUGGGCGACACAAUUCUCAGUUAAAUCUCCUCCCACUGUUUUACUGAGAGGUUUCGCUCGUUAUGGAAAGGUACCUGAUCAGAUAGGCGACCUUCAAAUAUGGGACCCCGAAUUUAAAGUUCCCGAUGACAUACAAGAGAGGCUGCUCAAAAAACUCCGCAACACUCCUUUGAUUGGAGUGAUAGUCAUUAAGCGCAGUGAUGGCGAAAUUGAGUGUUAUACUGACCCAAAUUUAAAAGAACUUUCGUUGGACGGGGAAAUACAGCUUGCUGCUGAUGAACAACUCAUAUUGAAAACUCGUGUUCGCAACGGAGAGGUGUCUUUUGAAGAUGUUGCUGUACAGUUUAAGUAUGGAAACGCGUGCAUUCCGCAACACAUUAUCGAUGAUUUCAGAGCUAAAGAUAAAAAGCCUAAUGGUGAUCUGUACAUUAUUUCAAAUGGCUCGGAACAUUUUCGAUGUGUAAUAAAAAGUGGAAUUGAUCUUAAAAAAGUGAUAAGAAUAGUCUUGGAAGAUCUAGGUCUUCCAUGUUUAAAUCACUGAUGCUAAGUCAUUGGGUAAUGAUUACGUAAAUCACUGUCUGUUUUGAAGGCAGAACUAAAGUCAGUUAGCUGCCUUCUAACAGCUUACAGGAAGAACCUAUAUACUUCAAGAAAUAACUUUAGCUUUCAGCAAUCAAUCUGUCUUAUUUAAUUUGUUGUGAAGUUUACAUAUACAAAAAUCAAUCUAAUAUCAGUUAUGAUGACAUUUCAUCACAACGUUAUAUAACUUAUUUUCGUGAACUUUCCUUUUGAAAUGGUUAUCGAAAUCAAUCUUUAUUAGAUGUAAUUUCGCACAAGUACGAUGUUAAAGGUAUUUAGCUUGAUUCAUAUUAUUAUAAAAACUUUCUCGUGGUUAUUUCAACUUCCUCUGUAAGUGCUUGCGGUGUAGUACAUUGCUACUCGAGGAUUCAAGAAUAGUUUUAUUUUAUAAGUUAGAUACCAUUUCUCGUGCACGGGGCACUACAAUUUCUUUGCCUAUAACUUAAUAACAAACAAAUUGCAGUAAUUCUCUCACCUUACUGAGCAGCAAUGAAAGCUUAUAGCCACGAGACAAACUGUUUGUAGACUUAAAAGCGAAAGUUUUUUUGUGUUAUAAGGUCCGGUUUUAUCGAUUGUCGGAAACAGC